AUUCUUUAUGAUUUCUGAAGAAUAUUAAAGAGAGAUGAUUGUUAGGAUCAGUGAAAUGAGAGCUUGGAACUGCUUUUUCACCAGCCAGGUCAUGCUAUGUAAAAGAAUGGAAUCCUCUAUGCAAAUGCACAGAAACCACUAUGCAAAUGCAUGGAAUCUUUUGCACAAACAAAUAGAAUCUCCUGCAUAACAAUCACUGGGGAAGACUGCUUGGAAGAGAGGGUGGGGUUGUGAUGUGCUUAACUCUCUGGCUUCCGUCUAAACCUUUCGAGUCAGGUUUCUCCCUCAUGGUUGCAAGGUCUCGUCCACUGAAACUCUGCUGACUUCAGAAUUAGGCACUUCCCAUAUUCAAAUCUUAUGGAACUGAAAGAAAUCGUAAGGAACCGAAGUCCUGGAUACCACACUCUCUAAUUGCUCGGAUAGUUCAGCCUUUACAAAAGUAGCUGUAAGUAUUAAAUACAGCUGGAAGGAGUAAAUCUGUUUGCCAGAACCUGGGAAUGGGCGACAGGGGAUGGCUCACUUGAUGAUUACCUGUUCUGUUCAUUCCCUCGGAAGCACCUAGCACUGGACACUGUCAGAAGACAGGAUACUGGGCUAGAUUGACCUUUGGUCUGCUCCAGUAUGGCCGUUCUUAUGUUCUUAUCUGCUGGUAAGAAAUGACCUAUAGCACUUAAAUAUUUGAUGGCAUUUUGAUGUUUUAAAUAUGCUAUAAGGGGCUAAAUUCUGGGGUACACUGGGGUAAAUCCAGAAUGGCUCCAAUUAUUCUGACACUGUUUUAUUGUCCUUGUGACAAAUUCAUUUGAUAUAGAAAUGUGCUUGGAUUUUCUUUUAGACUUUCUCCUGAGGUACUUCUAAGGCUUUUGGAUGGGGUGAGUGUGCAGAGGGAGAUGGCGGGGGUUAUUUGACAGAUGGUGUGAAAUCCUGGCCCCACGGCAGACAAUAGCAAAACUGCCACUGACUUAAACAGGGUCAGGAUUUCACCAGUGCUGUGUAUCUCUCAUCCCUCGAGAGCCCUUCUGUGUGGGAAACUCUUUCCAGAGCCUUGUGCAGCUGCAGCAGGAAGAGGAAGAAGAGGGAGCUGCAGGCAGGAGAGGACGGAGAGUCGCUGUCCUUUCAGCACCAUGGUGGGCCGCUACUACUCAGGCUAUUUGGCAGAUGAUGAAGAUCUUCAAGGAGCCCAGUUACAGAGAGACAAAUCGUCAAACAAGCCAACUGUCACCCAAGUGAGAAAAACACAUGACUGGAAAGCCCUGCUGAGACCAACUUCUCCCUGUGGAUCACCAGCUGUUAUGGCUUUUAGCACAUUUGAGAUUGACAAUAAAGUGGAGGAAAAAGGGAAGCAGGAUGAUCCCAUCUCUAAUGUCCACAGGGCUGCACAGGAUUUCUCCAAUUUUGUGGACUUCUUGGUCGACAUGGAUGCAUUGGACAGCCUCCAGCAAACCAUGGAAGAGGCAAUCCGGAAAAUAAGGGAAGUAAUAAUGGAGGAUGAAGAGGGUUUACUUGAUUUCAAAGAGGAUGUCAGUUCUAGUCCAGAAAGUGAGUCUUGGACCAUCUCCUGUCGAAAGCAGUGUGAUUGUUUCAGCUCAAGUCAUUAUCCCUCCACAUCCAGUUCAGAGGAAGACUGCAAGGAAUGUUUCAAAAGCAAGGCCGGGGAUAAGCUGGGCAGUGAAACCAAACUCCAGAAUCAGUGCAUGCUGGAUAAGUUUGUAGCUCAAGCCCCAAAGAAAGAAACAAGGAGGAGGACAGAAGAAGUGGCUGGGAUAGUCCACAAAAAGAGUGUUACAGAAAAAUCAGCUGAUUAUUAUUUCCGUCAAGAACACUUUCACAUUUGGGCACAACUGGCAGAGUCUUCUGUUGGCCUCCAUGGACAACGAGCUACAUCAGAUUUUUUCUCUAAGAUUAAGAAGAAAGAUAAGUCUCAGUUUGAGAAAGACUCAUCUUUUGAUACUAAACACAUUGAAAAAGAAAUCACAAAUGUCCAGAAACGACCCACUCCAUCUGAUACUGCUCUCUAUUAUCCUGGUCAGCAACCAUUUGAAACGCUUGAUUUCUUAGAAGAAAAUAAAUUAUUCUCUGCUCUUCAAGAUAUUGUAAAUCAGGCCAUUCUAGAAUUAUUGAAUACAACAAAGAAAGAUGGAUCCCCUUUAUUUAACAUGGCCGAUGACUCUGGCAUUACUGGUGAUUCCCAACCAUGUGGUGAUGAUUUGAAUGUAACAAGUCUCUAUGAAAAAAGUUCUUCACCUGGAAAAAUAGAUGAGUCGACUCAAACAGCUUCAGAAAAUGCAGAGAAGGGAAAGACAGAGGAGGAAAAGACAGAAGAGGGAAAGGAAUCCAAGUCAAAGACAGGAAAGAAGACAUUAAAAGAAUCUACACAAAAAUCAAAACAUAAACCACAGUCACUUCAUAAAUCCAAGCCAAAAUCACCACUUGAGAAACCUCCAUCCAAACCAAAAUAUGUGCCACCCCCACUCCCUAAAUCCAAGCCUAGGGCAGUAGAUGAGGCACCUCCACCCAAGGCAAAAUAUGUACCGCCCCCGCUCCCUAAAUCCAAGCCUAGGCCGCCAGUUGAGAAACCUCCUCCCAAACCAAAAUAUGAGCCACCCCCACUUCCUAAGCCUAAACCAAAGAAACCAGCGAUGGUAGAAGAGGAACUUUCAUUUUCCCAGUCUACUGGUCGUUUUCUUUCAAGACAUCAGUUUUACAGACAGAUUUUAAAAAAAGAUCUAUCAGGUGGACGCUUGAAAGGCAAGCUUUACAGAAGACAAGAGGAGAUUGUUGACUUUCUUGUUGAAAAUGCAGCCAGACAUGUAUUGUACAAGUAUAACUAUGAAAAGUCACUGUCAGAGAAACUUGGGUUUAUUUCAGUUCCUGUAACAAAGAUACUCCUUGAGAUAAUGUUUGGCUUUAAAAAAUUAAAGGGCAGCGGCAUAAGGUUAUCAUCACAGAUUGAUUGGGCCGAGGUAUAUCAGCAGGUACAUGCAAAAAGACCCGCUAAACCCCCAAAGCUUACUUCAAAGAGUGGUGACAAAAAAACCGCUCAUUCUAAACCAAAAAUGAUCACUGGCAAGGUAAAAUUAAUUGAGAAACCCAAUGAACAAAACAUCUCUUCUCUGCCAGAAAUAACUGAAAUAGUUCCUCUAAAAUUCCCCGAUGAUAUACCACAAAGUGGAGAGGAUUUGCAAGGUCUGGAUUCUGUGGAAGCCUUAAGACAAAUGUCAUUUUCUGGGAAGUCUAUCAUUCCCAUUGAUAGCCAGAGAAAAUUAUCUGCUGCUUUACUGGACACUGAGGGACAGAAUUCUAUAGAAUCUUCUAGGCAAUCCUUGUCUUCUCGAAGGGCUAGCAUCACCAGUGAGAGCAACAGAAAAUCACCGACAGUUUUAUCAGACACUGAAGCCCAGAAUUCUGUAGAACCUCUAUGGGAAGCCUCAUCUUCUAGAAGGACUAGCAUCACCAGGGAGAGCAGCCGAAAAUCUUCAACUGUUUUACUGGACACUGAAGGCCAGAAUUCUGUAGAACCUCUACGGCAAACCUCAUCUUCUCGAAGGACUAGUAUCAUGGAGGGGAGCAAUAGAAAAUCAUCGACUAUUUUACCGGACACUGAAGGCCAGAAUUCUGUAGAAUCUCUAAGGCAAUCCUCAUUUUCUCAAAGGACUAGCAUCACAGGGGACAGCAGCCGAAAAUCAUCAACUGUUCUCCCCAAAAUUUGAAA